UAACACAUGAAUCAAUUAAAGUAGGUUUAACUUUAAUGUUCAAUUUACAUGCAUCGCUGUGUCAAAUGAAAAACAUUUCCACCAAUUCCACCAAUCAGUUUUCUUGAAAUCUUGUGCUAAAUUUAAUCUGAAAAUGAUACUUGAAUUUAUAAUAUGAUUUUAAAAUCCAAAAUCAUGCAUGCAAAACACAUCAUUAAAAAAAUAAGAGAAGAAAAGUAAAGGAAAUUGAGUUGUAUGAGGUACGGCAACAUUGCGCCGCCAUUAGCACCGUCAGAUUUUAUUUUUAAACGUGCCAGACGACAAUUUUUUCAAAAUAUCUCAAGUCUCUAAAAAGUGAAGGAACUGAAUAAAUACCGAACAAAUGGAUAGAAAAAAUUUGCUGAAAGCCGGGCGGAGAAAUUCAUUGAAUGUCAGUUCACGUUCGUUGAAUGCAUCAUCUCGUAAUUUGGCUGAAUCGUCUAAUUAUGCCUUAGAAAAUUAUGGAACAGCUUUACCCGUAGCUGUAAUUGAACUCAUUUCCUCAGCAGAAAGGAAAGCAGAGUGCAGUGUUACACUGUCUAAAGAUGGCUGGGCCUGGUUUGUGUGUGGACGGCAACUUGUCAUAUGGAAGUACUCCAAGUCUGCUGGUGCUAACACAGUAUCAACACCUUCAAGGAAAUCAAUUGCUGUUUCUUCCCCAAAGUCUCACGAGUUGACCUUACCUCCAAGUGAUCUAGCACACAAAUCAGAUCUCGUGGCAGUUUUCUGCUCAGAAGUUGACAGUGUUCCAUCAUGCAUUGCUGUGUCACCAGAAGGAACUGUCCGUUACUGGGAUUCCAUUGCUCACGAAAACUUUUUUGUUGAAAUCAAUGCUGACCUUCAGGGUCAAGAAUGUGAUACUCUGAGUGAAGCUAUGCCUCUGGGCUGCUUGGUAGCCACAACAACUGCCAGUGUCCUGCUGUUGACACCUCGCCUGACUGAUGGCAGUCCCAACAUACAGUGCCGGAAUUUCAAGACACCGCAGGGACUAUUAGGUUCCAUUAGCCGUAGAAUGUCUUCCUUGAUAUUUGGACCCAUUUCAACACAUCAGUCGAUGGAGACACGGCUAGUCAAACUAUUGAGCCAGAAAAAAGAUAGUCAUACUUUGGAAGUUCAAAUCCUCUGCAGUCAAACUUUGCAGUAUUGGCAGGUUGGCGAGACAGAGCGGCUAUUAUAUCAGUGUGAUAUUGACAAAUGGGCUAGGGAGUCUCUUAUUGCGCACGUCUGGAGCCGAAGUGACCGCAACAGCAUCCACAAAUUGAGAGUCUGGAUUCUUGAUGCCCAAGUUUACAAAAACGACUUAAUCUUGCUGAUCGCCGCCUCCAAUCCCAACCUGAGUUCCCAAAUCCAAUACGCCUUGGCCGCUCUGCCAAUGCAAAGUAGCUCGCCACCUACUGGUUUUUCCUCCUUUUGUGUCCUCAAGUAUGCCACAGCCAUGGCUGAGCGAUCAGAUUCAUCUUUACAAGAAUCGUCCCCUCCCCAGUGUCGCUUUGUUCUCGUGGGAUCGACGGCCUACUUGUACUCUGAUAAAUGGAUCCUGUGUGUACCGUCCAACGAGCCACUAGAAGAACCCGACAAGCUUGAAGUCAAGGCUGCCAAUGAACGUUUCCUAGGUGCAGGAGUCUUUAAUCAGCGACCCGUUUUCUUCUCUACCCGUCACGGUGUUUUGAUUUUACAACCUUCAGUCGGUGGACCGAAUGACAGCCAAUCUUUUAUUGAUGAAUCCAUUAUGGAACAUUCCCAGAUUAUGGCCGAAAACCUUGAUCCCGCCCAGAAUGAAUCUACCUCAUCAAAAUUGAGAUUGGCUUUCAUCAAUUUCUGCCGCAAAAAUAUUUAUGAAACACAGUCGCUUCUCGAAGAAUUAUUUGCCUCUCCAACCAGUAAAGGACAAAUAGAUUCGCUCAUGGAUAGAAUGGUGGUUGAUUUCAGUCAACAAAUCAUCGACGACUAUCCAGCCACAGAUCCUCGUUGGACAGAUUCAGUUCCAGCUGGUCACGAGUCAACGUUCACCACCGUCUCCUUAUUAGUCCUGCAUCAGUUGGAAGAUAAAGUCAAGGCUCACGACCUGUUCCUAACUUUCCUUCGGAACAUGUCAAUUUGGGGCGACUUGACAGCCAUUGGCGACCGUCGCGGUGCUAAAUCUAGUGCAUUUGUUUUGAUGGAACAUGCCGAGAAAUUGCGUGCAUCCUUGGCCUUACGAGCCCUUCAUACGCCUGGUUCAACACUUAUUGAUGCUUCCAUCCGACGGGUCCUUCAAGAAAGAGCAGUCGAACUGACAAAUGACAAAUUGACGCAGCAGGAUCUCUUCUACCGACACAUUACUGCGCUAGGAGACUUUUUUCCUUGCUUUGUGGAUGUCGUCUGCGAAACUGUGGCCAACAUGAGUGGCUCUCCAUCCGAUAAAGUUAAACCAAUCAGCAACGCUACGAAUUUCAUAAUUGCCAUGACCAAUGCUGCCCGCGACUACAGGGCUCGCAACAUUGAGCUGCUGGAGCAAUGCGAAAACAGUUUCGAAACCCUACCCUGGAUCGCCUCACCUGGACCCAGAAGCGUCCGGUCUUCCAUUAUUCGAUUGCUACAUCUCUUAGUCGAGGAAGGAGUGGGCAAUGCGGAUGACGCAGGUCUCCGAAGCAAUCUCUGGAGUCAGGCUGCUAAUCUAACCGACAUCUUACUCGACGCUCUUAAAAUGUACCUGGAGAGUUGCGAUGAGCACAGCCCAUCUUUCGCCCAGGUGAAGCAGGAGGUCCAAUCGGAGCGAAGCGCCAUCUUAGAGCUAUUCCUCAGAGGACGUGAAUUUGAGCGGGUAGCCCUGCUGGCCGAAAAAUACGUGGACUUUGGAGCCUUGCUCACCGUCUGCGAUGAAACCAUGAACGAAAACAAGUUGAACGUUUACAUAGACAAACUCGGUGAAUCUGGGUUUACCGAAUUCGCCUGCAAAUGGUACAUGCAACGCAAUCAACGCGAGAAGUUGCUACGACUCCGUCGAUCUGAAGUCAGCACUUUUCUCGAGGGCCAUCCCGACAUUCUGUGGGUGGAUCAGUCAGAAAGCGAAAACUAUUUGGAGGCAGCUCACACUUUGACCAAUUUGGCAUGUGUAGAGAAAGAUCUCUAUAGUCGGAAGAGGACGCUGCUGAGCCUAGCGAAAUUACAUCUUGUCACUGAAGAAAAGUUGGGCCCUGAUCCGGAAGUCGUUCAAGCAGAACUCGAGAACGUAGAGGCUGAACUCGCAUUACUCACGCAUCAGGAGCAACUUCCAGUCGUGGUUUUACAAGCUUACGACAUCGACCCCAACACUAUGCGUGUGUUCACCGCCUCCGAAUUGAUGGAGAUGUACAUUUGCGACGAGAAUGUUUUAGCCAACGAACUGGACUUUAAAAAGGCGCUGGAUUUGUUGAAUUUCCUCGAGAAUCAAGAAGAAAGAGAAUCUCGUCGACUUGGAAUCUGGGCGCGGGCCAUUCUACGAGAUGCGUGGACACAGUUUGACACGGACAAUGUGCUGCAGUCAAUCAGCGGAACGAUCUUUUUUAAGAUUAUUGAGUUUUCUCUUGGCACUGGCGAAGAUCUGGCCGAUUUACUGCCCAACCCAGAAGAAAUCCUGCGUGAGCCGCAGUUAUCCGAAUUGGCCGGCAAUGACGUGUUCCAGUUUCUGCUGAAGGCCGUCUACGAGCACGUCAAUUCUCUAAUGGAAGCUACUCGCUAAAUAUAUAAAAGAUAAUGAUGCUUCAUUUCCUCUUUGUUUAUUUUUAGUUUUUCUUACGUGUCAAAAAUGAGUUUGUGUGUCUCCGAGACAACACCAAGAAAAAAAGAAAAAAUACAAAUUCCCGAUUUUCACAUCGUUUGUCUUU